CAGUGUCCUCAAGCUCACGCACAGAACAAACGAGGCGGUCACUCACGCCAAAACCAAAAAACCAAGCCUCUCCUGUCCUCUCCCUCUCCUCUCUCCUCGCAGGCAAGCAAGAGAAAAAGGCAAAACCAAGCCAGAGCGCAGCGCAGAGGGAAGGAAGCGUCCCCCACCCCCCAAAAACCACCAAACCCUACCACCGCCACCAUUGGAUCCCCUUGCAGCCUUGCUCCCCUAGAACCGAGCACGCAUCGGGCGUCUUCGUGCCCGGUCCAAAGCUGGGGGAGCGAGCAAUGCACACCAGAGUCAUCAAUGCCGUCCUCUUCACGGUCCUCGCCGUCCUCGUCGCGCUGAUCCUGUGCUACUUCGCGGUGCGCUGUCGCCGGCGGCAGCGGCGGAGGGGGCGGCGCGGCGCCGUGCUGCCGUCGCACGGCGCGAGGGUGGACCGGUUCCAGUCGGGCGGCGGCGGCGGGUCCAGCGCGUACGGCGGCGGCGGCGGGGCGGAGGAGGCGCUCGUGAGGUUCCCCGGGGGCGAGGGGCUCACGGUGGCGGCGAUCCUCGAGGCGCCCGGGGAGGUAGUGGCCAAGUCGGGCCACAGCACGCUGUACCGCGCCGGGCUGAGCGCCGGCGAGGCGGUGGCGCUGCUCCGGUUCGUCCGGCCGGUCUGCGCCGCGGGCGCCGAGGAGGCCGUGGCGGCGGCGCGGAUCCUCGGCGUCGUGCAGCACCCAAACCUCGUGCCGAUCCGCGCGCUCUACGUCGGCCCGCGUGGAGAGAUGCUGCUUGUGCACCCGUUCUACGCCGCCGGCUCGCUCCGGCGGUUCUUGCAAGAGGGAAUCAAUGUUUCACAGAGAUGGGACAUAGUUUGCAAGUUAUCUGUUGGCAUUGUCAAGGGAUUGGACCACCUUCAUACAGGAUCACAGAAGCCAAUAAUCCAUGGCAACCUUAAGACAAACAACAUUAUGCUUGAUGCUGAUUUUCAGCCGAGGAUAUCAGACUUUGGUCUCUACCUUCUGCUGAAUCCUGCUGCUGCGCAACAGAUGCUUGAAUCUUCUGCAAUGCAGGGCUAUAAGGCUCCGGAGCUGAUCAAGAUGAGGGAAGCCACGAGGGAGAGUGAUAUCUACAGCUUGGGAGUAAUUCUUCUCGAGAUGCUUGCUCAAAAGGAGGCAGCAAACAGUAGCUCACCCAAUGCCCGUGACAUCCACCUGCCUUCUUCUUUCAAAGAUCUAGUUCUGGAGAGGAAGAUAUCGGAUGCAUUCAGUUCUGAGCUAAUCAAGCAAAGUAAGAACUCAGGCAAGGAGCAAAACCUAAAUGGGUUCUUUGAAUUGGCAACUGCUUGCUGUAACCCAUCACCAUCCUUGAGACCAGAUACCAAGCAUAUACUCAAAACGCUUGAAGAAAUUUCAAGAUGAUAAGUGGUGCAAAUGGUCACCAGCAUCCUAUUUAGAAAGUGUUUCGUUAUAGCAAGAUAGCAUUAGUAUUUAUGAGCGUAUUAUCCGUUUGUUAUCUCGUGUGCUCAAGCAUACAGCAGAGUUUGUACUGGGGAAAUCCAGAAAUGUGGAGAAUGAUGUACAAUUCAGGAGAACCAGACAUGUAUAGUUUCCACCCAACCUUAAGGAACUCAUAUGAACAGUACAAUGAUGGUGCUUUAGAUGAAUGAGGCCAUCCUAAAGAAUUUUCUUCGUUGUUUUCUGCAUGUCCUGAACCAAUGAUUAUUCAAAGGUGUCUCCUGUCCUUGGUU